AUGCCGUCCGAUAUUCGCUCCUUCUUUGGCGGCGGCGGCGGCAGUGGAUCCACUGCAACACCAAAGUCACAGCCCAAGGCGAAAGAAGCACCCAAGAAGCGAGGGAGAGGGCGGAAAGUGGUCGAGGAUGAUGAGGACGACGAACACAUCACCAGGACCUUCACCCCCAAGAAGCAAGCGGUGAAGAAGGAGGAAGUCUUUGAGGAAACAACCGCCGACGACUUUUUCGGCAAUGGCAGCAAGCCCAAGCGAAGCACUGAAGUCUCCAGGUCAAAGGCCAAGGGCAAGCCUGCUGAGGACGACGACAUGGGCAGGGGGGUGAGCGCUGCGAAAACUACGCCUAAGAAGGGCGGCAAGGCGGCGAAUGGGACGACUAGUGCUCGUUCAUCGGCACGCAAGACGAAGAACACUAGCUACGUCGAGGUGGACGAAAACGACUUUCCAGACGAUGAUAUGGACGACGCAGAGGACAAUUUCAAGGCCGAGGCGAAGAGAGGGGCGAGGGCUGGCGAUGACUACAAAGAGGAGUCGGAAGAUGAUGAGAAGCCGCUUGUUCCCAAGAGGAAGGGGCAGAAGAAGCUCAAGGAAGAGGAUGAGGAUGACUUUGCCCCUGAUGCUGAUGAGGACGUGGACAUGAAGGAUGUGGAUGGAGAGAAUGACUUUGUGGUUCCUGACGAUGAUGAGGAAAUUGUGGACAGUAAGCCGGCGAAGAAAAAAGCUCCUGCUGCUGCUGCUAAAGGAGGCCGCAAGCGCAAGUCUACUGCUCUGGACGACGAUGAUGACGACGACCUGGAGGUUGAGCCCGCAAAGCCGGCGGCCAAGAAACGUGCUAGUCCCGCGAAGAAAAGCACGCCGGCAGCGAAGAAGGCGAAAAAGGAAGAGCCUCAAGACAGUGAGGAGAUGAAGGCCAUCUUCGCUAGCAUUCCCACAAUCAAGGCGCCUUCACCUCCACCAGACGACCCAAACGCAGAGAAGCCCAAAUUUCAGUUCGGCCAACAUGCUAACUCGGCAAUGCCUGCGGGCGCCAUGGACGCCUCGGACAUGCCAAGUGGUGAGGAGAACUGCCUGGCAGGGUUGUCGUUUGUCUUCACGGGACAACUGCAGACCCUCGGCCGCGAGCAGGGACAAAGUUUAGUGAAACAGUAUGGAGGGAAAGUUAUGAGCGGCCCAUCCAGAAGGACUAGCUACAUUGUCCUUGGCGAGGAUGCCGGGCCGAAGAAACUCAAAAUGAUCAAGGAGUAUGGCCUCCAAGUCGUCGACGAGCAUGGCCUCUUCGAACUCAUCCGCCGUCUGCCUGCCAACGGUGGCGAUUCAUCUGCGGCAGAGAAGAAUAAGGAGAAGAAGAAGAAAGAAGAGGACAACAUUCGCAAGGCUGCGGCUGAGAUGGAGAAAGAGGAGCGAGCUGCACUUUCUGCUGCGAAACCGAAGGGCAAGGUCUCAGGCCCGAAUGGUUCCUCUGCGCCGCGCGGCAAGUAUGAGGCUCCUCUUGAGGGUCCGGAUAACAGACUUUGGACAGUGCGCUAUGCGCCAACUCAGCUGAAUCAGAUCUGCGGUAACAAGGCCCAGGUGGAGAAGCUGCAGCGCUGGCUACAUGACUUCCCCAAGUACCAGCGCAAGGGCUUCAAAUUGGCUGGAGCAGAUGGCAGUGGCACAUUCAGAGCGGUCAUCAUCCAUGGCCCUCCCGGUAUUGGCAAGACGACAGCCGCGCAUCUGGUCGCCAAGCUCGAAGGCUAUGACAUUGUCGAGUCGAACGCCUCGGACACUCGCAGCAAGAAGCUUGUUGAAACUGGUCUGAAAGGCGUUCUCUCUACCACCAGUCUGAUGGGCUACUUCGGCGCACCUGGCACGCAAGAAGUUGAAGCAAGCAAGAAGAAGCUGGUGCUCAUCAUGGAUGAAGUGGACGGCAUGUCCGCGGGUGACCGUGGUGGCGUUGGUGCUCUCGCUGCCGUUUGCAAGAAGUCCCAGGUUCCCAUGAUCCUGAUCUGCAACGACCGCAAGCAGCCCAAGAUGCGUCCCUUCGACUUCGUCACCUUCGACCUAGGCUUCCGCCGCCCGACCACGGACAUGAUCCGGAGCCGUAUUAGCACUAUAGCUUUCCGCGAGGGACUCAAACUUCCUCCCAACGUGAUCAAUGCCCUCAUCGAAGGCACCGGCGCCGACAUCCGCCAAGUCGUCAACAUGAUCUCUACUGCCAAGCUCGACAACGAAACCAUGUCUUUCCAAGAAGGCAAAGAUAUGAGCAAGGCGUGGGAGAAGCACAUUGUCCUCAAGCCGUGGGACAUGGUAUCCAAGAUCCUUGGUGGCGGCCUCUUCAAUCCUGCGUCCAAGAGCACGUUGAAUGAAAAGCAGGAGCUCUACUUCAACGACCACGACUUCGCGCCUCUGAUGCUGCAAGAGAACUAUCUCGGCACCAGCCCGGCCCGCUCGAAUCAGUUCAGCGACAAUCCGAAGCGCCAGAAACUUGCUGCGCUUGACUUGGUCGCCAACGCAGCGCACGCGAUCUCUGACGGCGACCUUGUCGACCGCAUGAUUCACGGCUCUCAGCAACAAUGGGCGCUCAUGCCGACCCACGCCAUGUUCUCCUUCGUCCGCCCGGCCUCAUUCGUCUACGGCACGAUGGCUGGCCACCAAACACGCUUCACCUCCUGGCUGGGCAAGAACAGCAACCAAGGCAAACUAAUGCGCAUGCUCAAAGAGAUCCAAGGCCACAUGCGCCUCCGCGUGUCCGCCGACCGCUUCGAAGUCCGGCAGACGUACCUCCCGCUGCUCUUCGAACAGCUCGUCCGCCGCCUCCAGCGCGACGGCAAGGAAGCCGUACCCGACAUCAUCGAACUCAUGGACGAGUACUUCCUCACCCGCGACGACUGGGACGCCAUCCUUGAACUCGGCCUUGGCAAGGACGACGCCGAAACCGUCAAGAUCGACACUCAAGCCAAAUCCACCUUUACCCGUCUGUACAACCAGCAGAGCCACCCGCUCGCGUACCUGAAGGCUUCGCAGGUCGUGGCGCCGAAGCGGGCGCCGGCGAAGGAGAAGCCGGAUCUGGAGGAGGCGCUGGAGGAGAGCGAUGAGGAGGCGGAGGCGGCGGAUGAGGCGAAGGAAGGGGAAGAGGAGGAGGAGGAUUUGAGUAAGGAUAAGUAUAUCAAGGCGCCGAAGAAGAAGGCGGCGGCGAAGAAGGGGGGAAAGAAGAAGGCGGAGGAUGAGGAGGGGGAGGAGGAGAAGCCGAAGGGGAAGGGGAAGGGGAAGGCUGCUGCUAAGGGGAAGGGGAAGAAGUAG